UAUGAAGAAAACGGAGAAGUUUGAAAAGGUCUUGUAUCGUCCACAGCCCUAUCCAGAUAACCAUACAGAAGAGAAACUGUUUUUAAAGUCACUGAAAAGAAACAAGAACCUGAAAAAUUACUCUUUCUUGCAGUGUAUGGAUCAGGGCCAGCUCCCAUUACAGCAACUGUCAUGUACCAUCUCUUUCCUCUUACUUCAUUUCAUGGACAUUAAGAUAACAAACAGUAUGAUUUAUAUGAUGGCUCUAUUAACAAUGUUGGGAUACCUCUCUAUCGCUGGUUUUACUGUUCAUCAAGUUAGAACAGUUAUUCUGUUUGGGGGAUUCCUAUUUGGUUUGUCUCCGAUUAUCCAGACAUUAACUAGAUCUAUCAGUGAUGACACUAUCUACGCCAUGGUCUCUAUCUGUCUGUUUACAAACUUUUUCCUCCACGACUACAACACAGAAAACUGCGACUACAUGUCUAAAGCUGUUUCACUGAAUGCAGCAAUACUCGCGGCUGUGUGCCUUGCUUCUAGGCUUGACGAUCUGAACAAUGUUAUGGGAACAAUAAUCAUCGCUGUUCUCACAUACGGCAUUAUUCCCCCUGUAAGAAAGAGGAUGGCUGGCAGUAAAGUUAUGCCCCUGUGGACUUUUUUCCUUCUUACAAGCUCUGUUUACAUAUCUUACGUCUCAGUACCCUUAGUUAUAGUGCCCCUAAUAAUCUCAGCAGUUGCUUGUUUAGUCAUUGUGCCAGCGUUUUUUGUUCACCUCCAAAAACAGAAAGAUAAUAUCUUUGGUCCCUGGGAUGAAGCAGUGUUGAAGGAUCUCGGUUGUAAUGGAGGGGUCCGGGAUAUUUAUGCAGAAUAGUACUUUAUCAACGCUAGUUGCAAUGUGGUCAUUCUUCAGCACGUGCUUUUAGAAUCCAAAUAUCAUAUAGACAGCUAAUUUAAAGUUGUAAGUUUAAAGUAAGCAAUAAUUUUAGUUUCUUAUUAGAACUUUGCUGAUAGAGAAUUUUGCUGCUGCUGGGGUUUUGUUGUGUUGCUGUUUCUUUCAGUUUUGUAUAAAUUUUGUGAAUAUUUAUUUAAGUUGAAAUUGAUAACCUUCACUUCAAGUCUUUAUUCAAUUCGGAAGUCAUUCUUAAAAAUGUUUAUUUUGUUUGAAGGUGCGGUGCAGGUGUUUCAUAUCUUCAUAUUUUUAAAAAUUUAAAGUUUAAUUUGUCGCACGUAACGACGUUUGUAAAGUCAUGAUAUUAAUGAUGUUUUAUUCAUCGUUCUGUAACAUUAUGUUUUAUAAACUGGCAUUAUCUCUGAGAUUAUAAUUUUUAAAACUGACUAAAUAACUGUUACAGGGAGGAUGUCUAAUUUACCUGCCUGUGUCAUUGACAAUGGUACUGGGUACACUAAAAUGGGAUUUGCCGGUAACUCCGAGCCUCAAUACAUCGUGCCAAGUGCUAUUGCUGUGAAGGAACAGGCUGGAAUCGGAGACAGUGCUUCCCGGCGAAGCCAGAGAGGUAUUGACGAUCUUGAUUUCUACAUUGGAGAUGAAGCGUUAAACCAGCCGAACUACGCUGUGAAAUAUCCUAUCCGACAUGGUAUGGUAGAAGACUGGGAUUUGAUGGAAAAGUUCUGGGAACAAUGUAUUUUCAAAUACCUGAGAGCAGAACCUGAAGAUCACUACUUCCUGUUGACUGAACCUCCUCUGAACUUGCCUGAGAACAGGGAGUACACAGCAGAGAUCAUGUUCGAAUCUUUCAACGUGCCCGGGAUCUACAUUGCUGUACAGGCCGUUCUGGCUAUUGCUGCCUCCUGGACCACAAGAGACGUGGGCUCCAGGACCCUGACAGGGUGUGUUGUGGACUCUGGAGAUGGUGUUACUCACGUGAUUCCUGUUGUUGACGGAUAUGUUAUCGGCAGUUGCAUCAAACACAUCCCUAUUGCUGGACGUGACAUCACUUACUUCAUCCAGUCUCUCCUGAGGGAACGUGAACAAGGCAUCCCUCCAGAGCAGUCAUUGGAAACCGCUAAAGCUAUCAAGGAAAAAUACUGUUAUGUGUGCCCCGAUAUUGUGACGGAGUUCAAGAAGUACGACACUGACCCUCAGAAGUGGCUGAAAACCUUUGAUGGUAUGAACGAAGUAACAAAGCAGAAGUUUAGUAUCGAUGUGGGGUAUGAGAGAUUCCUGGGACCGGAGAUCUUCUUCCAUCCCGAGUUCUGUAACCCUGACUACAGAACGACCAUUAGUGAGGUGGUUGAUGACGUUAUUUCCGGGUGUCCUAUUGACACCAGGAGAGGGCUUUACAAGAACAUAGUCCUGUCCGGUGGUUCUACCAUGUUUAAAGAUUUCGGUAGAAAGUUAGGACGAGACAUAAAGAGACGAGUAAACUACCGUCUACAAGUGAGUGAGCAGCUCUCCGGGGGCAAGCUGAAACCCACUCCCAUCGAGACUAACGUAGUCUCUCAUCACAUGCAACGUUACGCUGUCUGGUUCGGAGGAAGUCUCCUGGCAUCUACCCCUGAGUUCUACGAAGUGUGCCACACUAAGGCACAGUAUGACGAGUAUGGUCCCAGUAUAUGUCGACAUAACGCUGUGUUCGGUGCUAUGACGUAAGGUUGGACUCGUUAGAGUAUGAAGGCGGAAUAAGUACAGGCAACUUCAAGGUGGUUUCCAUUCGGCACAGUUAGCAUCGUAUUAUUGUGUACAAAAUUUUGUAAUGAAUAUUUUCUAGUGAUAUAAUUUGGUUUUUAUUUGCUGACUUACUUAGAUUCAGUGAUUGUCGAUUAUUAGGGUAAUAUUAUAUAUCCCAAGAACAUAAUAUAAUGUACGGACGUUUUUGUUGAAUUCGGAACUUUCUCACGAUAAAUUUUUCGAGCAUCUGCAAAACCUUAUUUCGGAUUUGUUUUUUAAGUUUUUAAAAAUGCUCUUGUAUCAGAUUUCAGUUUUAACAUUUGGUUAUAAUGUAUUUGGGAUACUGGAAAACGGUUUGUUAGAGUACAUAAUAGCAGUAGAUAUAGUUGUGUUUUGAAUCAAAAGUAGACUACAAGGUUUUACAACCGCUUGAUUGAUUUUGUGUGCCUUGAAUCAAAUACGAGAUUGUCGAUUGAUAGUGACACAUCUAGACUGAUCAUCAACUUUUAAACUUUCACUACAGCUAGAGUUUAAUACCACUUGCAAACUGAAAUUUACUUUUAUUUCGUGAAAUGUUAAAAUCAGAAAUAGUUAAUAGCAAUUUGGGAUCUUAUCAUAACGAAAUAUAUAAGACAUCACAUAUGCUUGUGAUUGUUACUUCCAAGCUUUGUAUCAUUUGGAAUGAUGGUAAGUGAUGGUUAAUAUUCUUAAUGGUACUCUCUAUAUCGGUCAGUUUCUCAGUUUGAUUUUGUCCGUAAAACAUUUUAAGUAUGUCAGUUUUGUCUCUGAAUUAUUGGGACCGUAUUUUGGUAGAAAGCUUGUUGAUAUUGGAAUGACUCAGAUCUGUGAUGAUGUGAAAUUAUGUGAAAGGUAUUUGGUGUAGAUCUUAAUAUUUUUGUAUGUUUUGUUAAAUUUCAUCUACUAUGAAACUAUGAAUAUGAAUAUACGCAUUGAUGCUCCAUUUUGUUGAUUACAUGUUAUAUAUGAAAUGAA